AUGAAGUACCUAGGUUUCUACCUGGACUCGUGGUGGUCCUUCCGCGGACACUUCGACAGGAUACUGGAAAAGGCGGAAAAUACAGCGACGGCUCUGAGUAGGCUCAUGCGAAAUCUGAGAUGCCCGAGGCAAAGAAGGAGGACGUUAUAUGCAAACGUGGUGAUAUCCAUAAUUAUGUACGGGGCACCAUUGUGGGAAGAUGCGAUCAGAGCGGAUAGACGGAUAAGAGAGAGGGCGGGAAAAAUAUUUAGAAGGUUGGCGCUAAGAGUAACAUCAGGAUAUAGAACAGUGUCUCACAGCGCGGCGGCGAUUAUGUCGGGCAUGGUCCCCUUCGACUUGAGGGCGGAAGAAUAUUACAGGGUGUACAUGGAGUUGCGAACGGUGCCUAGGGUGAACAAUAGGGUACCGGAGCUAAGAAGAAGGGCCAUCAAGACUCGGAAACAUGACAGGAUAUUAGAUAGAAAUAGAAGAGGAGGUUACUAG